UCGGGCCCUUGGAGGCGGGAGCCGUUACUGAGCUGGGUCCUCCUCUUGCCAGGCCAGGGCCACCAAGGCCCUGGGGUUCCCCAAUACCCUAUGCCCAGACUUGAGCCACUCCAGACCCAGGCCUUCCCCAUGCUGGACCCCUAUUCCAUGCAGUGGGGACACUCCCUCACCUGGACAAUGUCAAGACCACACCCUGGACCUCCGGACUUCACAUCGCUGAUAGUCUGGAGUCUGGGCCCCAGCCCAGCCACCCAGGCCUCAGGUAGAGCCCCCAGGCCCUGGUAACGGCUAUUUCCUGCCACAGCCCCACCUCCUGUGACCUACGGCCUGGAUGGCUCAGACAAGGCACCUGGGGGACUGGUCCAGCAGCAUUCCACUUCCCGGGAUAAAACCCGGCAGCCUGCAGGGAGCCCCACACACCACAGCCGCCCGUCCUGCCCUCUCAUCCCCAACACGCCAUCUGGCUGGGCCUCGACCCCCACCAGCCAUGGAGGUUCCCAGGCCUCCCCCAGCCCUGGGUGGGGGCUGCCGCAGGGUCCUGACUGCUCUGCUGCUCCUGGUGUCCACAGUGGAUGGAGCAGGCACAGGCAGGACAGAAGCAGCCACCCUCAGUGCCACCAAGAUUCCUGUGUCCCCAGACUGCGGGAAGCCACAGCAGCUGAACCGGAUCGUGGGCGGCCAGGACAGCGCAGAUGCCGAGUGGCCCUGGGUUGUGAGCAUCCAGAAGAACGGCACCCACCACUGCGCGGGCUCGCUGCUCACCAACCGCUGGGUGGUCACUGCAGCCCACUGUUUCAAGGGCAGUCUGAACACGCCAUCCCUGUUCUCGGUGCUGCUGGGCGCUUGGCAGUUGGAGAACCCUGGGCCUCGGUCUCAGGAGGUGGGUAUCGCCUGGGUGCUGCCCCACCCUGGGUACUCCUGGAAGGAGGGGAACCGUGCAGAUAUCGCCCUGGUGCGUCUCGAACACUCCAUCCAGUUCUCUGAGCGAAUCCUGCCCAUCUGCCUCCCGGAUUCUUCUGUUCAUCUCCCUCCAAACACUGACUGCUGGAUCGCAGGCUGGGGGAGCAUCCGCGAAGGAGAGCCCCUGCCACACCCUCAGAUCCUGCAGAAGCUGAAGGUGCCCAUCAUCCACUCGGAUAUCUGCAGCCGACUGUACUGGCGGGGCUCGGGGCAGGAGACCAUCACCGAGGACAUGCUGUGUGCAGGCUACCUGGAAGGGCAGCGGGAUGCCUGUCUGGGCGACUCCGGAGGCCCCCUGAUGUGCCAGGUCGAUGGGGCCUGGCUGCUGGCAGGCAUCAUCAGCUGGGGCGAGGGCUGCGCGGAGCGCAACCGACCCGGCGUCUACACCAGCCUCCCUGCCCACCGCUCCUGGGUGGAGAGGGUCGUGCAAGGGGUGCAGCUCCGCGGGCGCUCGCCAGGCACUGGGGCCCGCAGGGAGUCGAGCGCGGGCUUCCCGGGCGCCGGGCGCUCCUAGGGCGCGGGCACGGGCCGGGCCGGCCGGGGACCGUGGCCGCCGGCAGCUUCCUGGUUGUAAAUAGCCGUCUACCUCUGGGGGGCGCUCGCGGCCU